AUGGUCCUUGACUACAGCAAAUGGGACGCCCUGGAGCUGUCCGAUGACUCAGACGUCGAAGUUCAUCCCAAUGUUGAUAAGCGCUCUUUCAUCCGAGCAAAGCAGGCCCAGAUUCACCAGCAACGAGAGCAGCGUCGUCAUGAAAUCAAAACUCUGAAGUAUGAGCGUAUUAUCAAUGAUGGAUUGCUGUCGCGCAUCGAUAAGCUUCUCGAGUCUCUGAAGAAGCACGAAGACUCGUCUGCUUCCCCCGACGAGUUCAUUUUCACGACUAUUAUGGAGUUCGCAAGCAACCCCGCCGAAGACCAGGCCCCCACCCCGCCGGAGGGAGUAUACACACACGAGCCGGAACAGCCCAAGUUUUCCCAGAUGAUGAGCUCACUGGUGGACCAAGUGAAGAAGGAAAUUGGCGAUUCUAAGCCCGAGAACCUCUUCAAGGCAUACAUCCAGGGUGUGAAUGGACACCUGGAAAAGAUUCAAGGACUCCAAAAGGAAUUGUUUGCAAAGCUUGCACAACUUGAGAAGGAGGAAGGCGCCAAGAUCACCAGUGAUAAGCUACAUGAAGGUUUCAACCAAUCACAUGUGGCCAAGGUUGCUGAGAAGGAGAAGGCGGUUGCCAAAACUAAAGAGAGCUCCGUUGAGCUUCUGAACCCGGGCGCGGCAAGCUCCGCCACCAAGGCCGACGAUGAAGGCGAUGAUGAGGACCCUGCCGAUAUCGAGAUUAGUCCGCUGGCAAAGAAGUUUGCUCAGCUCAAGCCUGGAGACUACAAGGCGUAUCUGAACUUCAUCUCAGCGAACCCGGAAAUUGUCGCCGAGAAAGAGACCGACGGCCUGCUUGUUGAGGCAUUCAAUAGUCAGCUCAAGGGCCAAGAUGACUAUGCUCGCCAGUGCGUGCACCAAGGUCUGCUUCUGCAAUACUGCCGCUCGCUCGGUCGUGACGGCAUCCAGCUGUUCUUCACUCGCAUCACUACCAAGGAUCACCGCGCAUCAACCCUAUUCCUUAAUGAUGUCAAUGAAACUUACGCUCGCAUCAAAACCCGCUCCGCUGAACUCAGCAAGGAUGGCUCAGCAUCCAACGAUCCUGCGGGAGUAGAGCAAAUCCAGCUGCAUGCCGUUGACCCCAACACCAAGAUCACUAUCAACCUGCCCGCCGCCAAUAGCGAGGACCCCACUGAGAUUGAGGUGCGCAAGAUCUUCGACGCUUUUCCUGAAGACCUGCAAAAGGCACUGGCAACCGAGUCCUUGGACGAAGUCAACAAGGUUCUCGGCAAGAUGUCCGUCGAGGAGGCAGAAGUUGUUGUGGAGCAAUUGGGCAAUGGUGGCAUGCUCAGCUUGGAGGAAGGAAUUGUGGACGCCACGACAGCAGAGGGCCAAAAGAAACUGAAGGAGUUGGAAGAAGAAGGAAAACAGGAAGUUGGUGAGCCCGGUGGUGAUGUUACCGAGCUUGACUAA